CACAUCCUGAGCCGCCUGCAGAUGCGCGAGCGGCCCAACAUCACGCACGCCGUGCCCAAGGCGGCCAUGGUCACCGCGCUGCGCAAGCUGCACGCCGGCAAGGUGCGCGAGGACGGCCGCCUCGAGAUCCCCAGCAUGGACGGGCAGGCCAGCAGCGGCCCGCCCCACGACCAGCUCUCCGAGAUCAUCAGCUUCGCAGAGACAGAUGAUCUGGCCUCGUCAAGAGUCCGCCUCUAUUUCUUCAUCUCAAACGAAGGGAACCAGAACUUGUUUGUCGUUCAGGCCAGCCUCUGGCUUUACUUGAAGCUGCUUCCGUACGUCUUAGAGAAAGGCAGCAGGCGAAAAGUAAGAGUCAAAGUCUAUUUCCAAGACCCGGACACUAGCAACAAGUGGAAUGUGGUUGAAAAGAAAGUUGAUCUCAAAAGAAGUGGUUGGCACACUUUUCCCAUUACAGAGGCAAUCCAGGCUCUAUUUGAGAAAGGAGAAAGGAGACUGAACUUGGAUGUUCAAUGUGAGGGCUGCGAAGAGUAUUCAGUGCUGCCAAUUUAUGUGGACCCUGGGGAGGAAUCCCAUCGGCCUUUUUUAGUGGUGCAAGCCCGAUUAGCUGAUAACAAACACAGGAUCCGGAAAAGAGGUCUGGAGUGUGAUGGCAGGACCAAUCUAUGUUGCAGGCAACAGUUUUACAUUGACUUUAGACUCAUUGGGUGGAAUGACUGGAUCAUAGCGCCUUCAGGUUACUAUGGGAAUUACUGUGAAGGGAGCUGCCCGGCCUACUUGGCUGGAGUCCCAGGGUCAGCUUCCUCCUUUCACACUGCGGUAGUGAAUCAGUACAGAAUGCGAGGGCUGAACCCGGGCACCGUGAACUCCUGUUGCAUCCCAACCAAACUUAGCACAAUGUCAAUGCUGUACUUUGACGAUGAAUACAACAUUGUGAAAAGGGACGUUCCCAAUAUGAUUGUGGAAGAAUGUGGUUGUGCUUGAUUUAAGGGGACUCGGCAAGGACACAUCACACGGGGGAAAAAACAAACAAACAAGCAAACGCUACUGCGACUAGACCAAUGAACCCUAAAAAGGAAUUACAGUAACACAGUGGAGACAUUCUGAAAAAAUGCAGUGCAUUUAAUAACAGGCAAGGAACAUUUAACAAGUCUUGGAGAAAAAGGAGAGAGGAAAGUGCUUUCGAUUUCCUUACCAGGAGGUGUCGAGGAUGGCCAUAAAGAUCAGAAAACAAUAAUACAGCAUAGCACUUGCAAACUGCUUGAAUGCACGUAUUAUAGCACUUGCAGAUUUCAAUGCCUUGAAAAGUGGUACUUGAUAGUGCACUUAUCUUUGCUCACUAUCUAGGUAAACAGGUGCCGCAUGAGCUAUGCAAUUUAAAGUGUUGACCCAUACUAGACAAAACUGGACUUAUGAUAUGACUUUUUUUAUAUUUUUUUAUACUUGAAAUUAAAUCUUUUGCUUCUUUUUUAAAGCGAAUGAUUGCUUUUAAUGUUUGCACUGAUUUAGUUGCAUGAUUAGUCAGAAAGAAAAAAAAAAAACUGCCAUUUGGAAAAAAAUGUUAUUUUUAUAGCAGCAAAAAAUGAAAUACAGUUAAAUGUAUUAUACAUAAAUUUUGGAACCAAAGAGGCCAACAUAUUAGUUUAUAAUUUUUAUGAGAUGGCAAAGCCAUCACGUAUUAUGUAGUUGUACUGAGCAAUCCCUCACGAGGCCUACCAACUAUUUCAGGGUACAAAAUGACUUCUGUUUGUUCUAUUUGAUGUCUUUUCUAUACCAUACGCACAUGGAAUGUAGAGUGGAAAUGACUAUUGUAGUAUACAUUACAAUAUGUGCAUCCUUUAAAUCCAGUUUUUAUGUUUAUUUAAUAAAGUUCCUUUUAGGUUCUGUUCCA